GGUGAAGCAAUCUGUCAAAUUUCUGCACUUCGCGUUGUUUUCUCCCGUGGACAAAGCAGUUUCAUUGGUGUGGAUUUUUUAAACUAAAAAUCGCCGAAGAAAAUCGUUUGAAAGCAGAUAAUUGAAAAUCUCUGUAUGCAAAACCUACCCGCUCAUUGAUUGAUUGAAAAAAAAAAUUAUCAUAAAAAACAGAACUAACAGUCAAGCCGUUUCGAGCGUACGUAAAGUGUUCCCAGUGUUCUUGUGUAUUGAAAGUGUCUCUUUGCGCGUAUCGCUGCGCCGGCCAAGGGUGCCUGCCUGGGGGUUUGUGGCUAAACUAUCGAUCCAGAACCCGACUGCUAUCUGGUUCUGGAUUCGCACUAGCGUUAGCACAGUUUGUGGCGCAUCCCUUCGCUGAUCCGUAGAAACUGAAUCUUGGUCUCGACCGAGAAGUGAAUCAAAGUGAAGUGGUUGGACAGUGCGGAGAGCAGAGCCUUUAUUGAGGGGACGACCAUCAAGAGAGGACCAGUUACUGAGUUCGACGAAGUCCAGGAUGGAUGAGGACAUCGGCCGGAUUGGAGGAGGGAGUAACGAUAAUGAAGCUAGGACCAAGACCGAGAUCGAUAUCGAGAACCAUGUGCUCAAUACGACGGUCAGGCUGUCCGAUAAUACGGACGGCAAGGUCUUCAGUCGCAAUGGGCGAAACAAGGAAAACCAGCUCAUCUACUCGUGUCACCUUUGCGGGGUCACCAAUCUGCCAGGAGAGCGCGUCCUGCAGACGCACAUCGCGGGCCGGAAGCAUCAAACGCGGAUGAGUCUGCCGUCGAUUGAUGCGGAACAGUUUCGCAAUUCAAUUGCCCCGAAGGUAUCCGCCUCGAAAACGCCGAAAAUUCAAAUGCACAUCGCACCCGGUGAGCCUGUCCCUCCGGGCAUGGAGAACGAAGUGAAACCGGUAGCGGAACUUCAGGCCACCAUCGAUCGGUUCAAGGAAGGGCCAAUGGUGGGUCUGGAGUACAUCAUGGAGUUGACCACGGCGGGUUCUAAGGAACCGAGCUAUCAUUGCGUGUUGUGCGACAAGAAAGGUGACCCUAGAACCAUUGUUGUCCACAUCACCAGCUACAUUCAUCGUAUGAAGUUCUUGGAAAAGCACUAUCCGACCGUGGUCAACGAGUUGGUCCCCUACCGGGGUCAGCGUGGCGCUACGAAGGAAAUCAUCGGUCGCGUGAUUCAAACGGUUUGCGAAGCGAUCGAAGACCAUCAUGGUCGCUUGACGCCCUAUGUGCACGAAAGUGGCGAUUAUGCCCGGAACAAGAUGAAGUACCUGCAGGAGGCACUGUUCGAGAAGCACUUUGACGAGCGGACGGGACCCAAGUUUGUGGAAGUGAUCGACAAAAAGAUGCUCCAGGAGCAGAUAGCCGCCGUCAAUGGGACACUGACUGCCGAGUUGACCCGCGAUCCGUCUCCGCCGGUUGUGCUGGCACCGCAGAAGAAAGCACGUUCAAAUCGAGCCGAACGUAAGAGUUUGGAUUCGAUCUCCAGUGCAGACUCGGUGCAGAGCAUUUCGUCUGACGACUCGCCCGGCAAAGGAGUACCGAGACACCUCUCUCGAUCAUCCGCAGCUCAGCGCAAUCGCUUAUCACCAUCACGUGAUCGACAGCGCGGCUCCAAUAGACGGCGUAGCCCGUUACCUUUUCGGCGUAGUCCGGUUCGCGGCCGCUACAGCAGAAGCCCUCCACCGAGACGUCGUAGUCCCCCUCCCCGAAGGCGUGGAUCCCGUAGUCCCGUGCGAAGACGCAGUCCUCUUAGCCGAUAUGAUCGCUCUCCUUUGCGGUUCGGUGACCGCAGGUCCCGAUCACCUCCGCCCGAUAAACGCAAGGCCUUGCCGACCCCGAAAGAGCUCUCGUUGCAAGCUUCGGAAAUUGCACAUGAGCGGUACAAGUGGGAAAAGUAUCGAUGCUCACUGGAGAUCGCCGUAGCUCAGCUGGAGAAGACAUUCAAGGAGCACGAGAAAAACCCGGAAAAGCACCCGAUGUAUCCGGAAGAAUGGAAAAAGUUCUGGAACCGGCGGUACAAAGAGCUGCAGGCAGAAAAGAAGGAUCCCUCAAAGCAUGACUUCAAACCGGAAUGGAUCGGCUACUGGACCAAGAGGAUGAAGGAGCUGCAUGAUGAGGAAAUUGACAAGAAGAAAGCAGAGAUUAAGAAGCGGUUGAACUUGCCCGACGAGGAUGCAGAAAAGGUGAAGGAUCUGAAGGAGCAGUACAAGGUGAAGGUUGCUAAGAAGAAGUCAUUAGCUACAGAGCCGAUCGAUUCGAGUGACGAUGAAAGGAUGAGCAUCAAAUCUAAAGGCUCGACCAAACAAAAGAAUAGUCGAGCCAAGCGAUCAAGAAGCCCCAUCAGUGACGAUGACUUUGAAGAGACGUCGCGACAUAGCAGCCACAGCAGACACUUCAGUAAGGAUAGAGAUCGCGAGAGGCAAAGGCCGCAUUAUCGAAUGUCAUCGUACAUGCAAGAACAGCAAGAUUACGAUGAUUGGGCGAAGAACUAUUACGGACCGAACAAGAAGGUGUUUGUUCGUACCGAACUCGAUGCAGAAGAUACAAGCCCACUUAACUUCGUUGCCGUCUGUCGCUUGCUGACUGCUUUGGAGGAUUAUCUAGGCAGUUUAGGACCGAAAGUGAUUGAUUUGCUCUCGAAGUCAUUGGCGCUGGAGAAGGUCAAAGCAAACUCUGCAGAUGAGUUGCUUUUGAAUGAAGACAAUUGUAUGUUCCUUGAGACGGUCAAAGAGAAGCUCAAAGGCCAUCUGAUGGCAGAUAUGGUUGAGCCACAAAAAAUUGCUCCGAUCAAGAAAGCGAUCAAGAACAUUGCCAGUCUGAUCCACGAAGCAUCCAAGAAGGAGAAGGUUGAACCGCAAGCAGAAGAAUCAUCUGGCUCGGCGCCGAAUGCGGCCACUUCAGCCGGAGGAGUAGAUAAAGCAGCCAUUGCUGCAAAAUUGGCUGCUGCUCUGGUGGCGCAAGGUAAGACUGACUUCACUAGCGAAGAAUUGGAACAGUUGAUCAAUGUGUACGUAGCAAUGGCCGAAGCCUCUAAAGAAAAGGAUGCUCCAGUGACGGCCAGCAGCUUCCUAAACGAAGCGUCAAGUUCUACAACGAAGACUAAUACAGAAAAAAGGCCAGAAACUUCAUCACGCCGUUCGGAUGAAGCAGCCGAUGAUAACAAUGCGCUCGAAGGUCUUACGGACUCCGAUCUGCAAACACUGCUUCAAAAUUUCAAGGAUCUCUCGAACGAAGAACAAUUGCAUUUAAUUUCGCAUCUCAAGAAGCUUGAAAAGACUGAUCCCGUACGAGUGGAAAAACUGCGUCGGUAUGUGAAUUUAGAUGACAAGUCAUCGAGCGAUCGCCAAAGGGACGAGUAUUACGAAGACGAUGAUCAGAAUUACAACGACGACGAUAACGGACGUGACUUCAAUGACGACGGGGCCAACUUCAACGUUGGAGGUAAUCAAAGCGACCAGAUGAAGCCUUUGGUAUCCGGUUAUGGUGAUGAGUCGCCUGAUCAGUUCGCUCAAAAGAAGCUGAUCGAUUCGGAAGAUGAAGACGACUACACUUACGAUGAUGUGGUUCGAGCAGCUUCCAAGAACGUCGUUGUUCCACCGAUGAACAGCAACAGCAUGCAAGGACCGAGCCGCCAAAACGACUUCGCCAACGACAAUUUUGAGGUUAACUCAAAUUUCUCGCGAACCAGUAAUCCACAAAAGAGCAGUCAGCUGGAUACGCAAAAUAUUAUCGCGAACUUGAUGGGUUCGCUGCCAAAACCUGGCACAUCACAUCAGAACCCACAGAAGAAUUAUGGCAAACCUAUUUCUACCAUAGGACAGCCGGAGAAGCCACGCCCAAAGCCCACCGUCUACGAUAAUACCAAUCCCACGUACAGCACCAACUCGUUCAAUUCCUCCAUGCACCCGUCCGGUCCCGGUGGCCCCCAGGGUGGUUUCAUGAACCAACAAAAUCGGCCCCAAUUCGCCCCGAUCCAGACGGCCAACACCAGCUUGAACAGCAUGCCGUACUAUUAUCAACAGCAGAUGCGAGCCCAACAGCCGCAAAUGAACCCACGGAUGCCGCAGCAACAACAACAGCAGCAGCAGCAGAUGAACAGUUAUGGUGGCGGUGGACAACCGCAGAGACCCCAAAUGCAAAGUACCUUCCCCUGGGCGCAGCAGAAUCCCGGACAGCGACAACCUCCGCCGGGGCCAUCGCCGUACCAGCAACAGCAGCAGCAGCAGUACGGAAAUAAUAGUUACUACUAAGCUUAUUCCAGUAUGAGCCCACGGUGUAUUUACAUUGAAGAUUAUGUAGAAUUAAGUGACAUCGCUUGAAGGUACAUACUUUUUUUUUAAUUGAGGUAAGAAACUCAACAACAGAUUUUGGUCCAUUCUAUGUGAACUGAAGAUAAGCUCUAAUAAAUUUUAGUUGUAUGCAAAAUA